CCGUGAAAGCCUUCAUAGUUUUUUAAGUUUCAUAAAGUUUCCAUGUUCACUUCAGUCAUACAUCGGGUAUCACUUUGAUGGCAGUUCCAGCUGAUGUAUACAUGUUUGGCGCCACUUACUUGCUAGGAGUGUUUUCCAUGAUCGCAGUUGGCAUCGUCACUGUCUACAUUUAUCUGCCGGUCUUCUACAACUUGGGCAUCACCAGCACCUACGAAUACUUGGGCAUGAGGUUUGAUGAACGGUGCCGAAAAUGUGCAUCUGCCUUAUUCGCCCUAUCGGUAUUCGUCUAUUUGCCCAUGGUGAUCUACGUGCCCGCUUUGGCCUUUUCUGCCGUGACUGGGGUCAGUGUGAUAAAAAUUUCAAUCAUAAUUUCCACAAUUUGUGUCUUUUACACAACAAUUGGCGGCCUCAAAGCCGUGGUGUGGACCGACGCCAUUCAGUUUUCCAUCACCAUUGGGGCUUCUGUACUGGUUUUCUUUUUAGGACUGAACUCUGUAGGUGGCUUCGGAGAAGUGAUCCGAAUCGCAAACGAAGGAAAUCGCCUCGAUGUGUUUGACUUCGACGCCAGCCUAACUAAGCGCGAAACUUUUUGGGCCAUAAUUGUUGGUCUCACCGUACAUUGGGUGUCGCACAUUUCCAUCAACCAAGGUUGCACUCAAAAGUUCCUUUCCGUCCCCACAUACAAGGACUCAGUGAAGUCAGUGUUCCUCUACAGCAUCGGGAUGUCACUUACUAAGUCCUUAAGUGUAUUCACUGGCUUGAUUAUGUUCGCCAAGUACGCCCAAUGUGACCCAAUGUUGACUAAACAAGUGGCAAAAAAAGACCAACUGUUGCCAUUCUAUGUACUGGACGUAGCCGGCCAUAUUCCUGGACUAAGUGGGCUUUUUAUUGCGGGAAUUUUUAGUGCAGCUUUAAGCACGCUGUCUGCGAAUCUGAACUCUUUGGCGGGUACCAUUUACGAGGACUUUUUGAAAAGCUGGUUGGAAAAGCAUCACAAUCACAAAACAGCCGGACACGUUCUGAAACUGAUCGUUGUAAUAGCUGGGGUUUUAUGCACUGCCAUGAUUUUUGUUGUUCAACAAUUGGGAGGAUUGCUAGCCCUUUCCAUAUCCUUAGGCAGUGUGGCGCAUGGGCCAUUAUUGGGAAUGUUCACAUUAGGAGUUUUAUGCCCUAGAGCUAACAGAAAGGUACAUUAAUUAGAAAUCAAAAUCAAUUCCUGGGCUUCAGUC